CUAUUUUCCUCGCCUUGUCUUGUUAUCUUUGUCAGAUCUGCUUCCAUGUUUUUUCUUCAGUUCUCACAUUCUUCUCACAGUUCAUGCUUUAUGGAGAACGCUCGAGGGUUCAUCAGCUCAUCUGCCAGGAAAUUAUCCUUCUGCAGCCCAGCAAGCUGCCUAUGAAUUUUCCUCUUGGUCAACCCUCCUAUCGAAACGCCCUCCAAACAAAACAAUCUUGGAAAAUGAACUGAACCUAUUGUUAAUUAGCAAGACUUGCCCACAUGAAAUCAUCACCAUCAUCGGCCUCAUCAUCUUCAUCUUCGUAUGAUUCCCUGUACUUCUCGGCCACACCUAGCCCUAGUACCAGAGAAUACACUCAUGGAGAAGAAGACGCUACCCUCAUGGAACCACCAUCACCUCCACCAGCACCGUCGUCAUCUUCAUCAUCUUUUUCUUCCCAGCCCUCCUCCCUCGACCCUAGCUCUAGUACCAGAUCAGAAAAAACUCAUGACGGCGGGUUCAUUAUCUUCAGAGAAGAAGACAUCCGGAUGAAACCGUCGUCGUCGUCGUCGUCGUCAGCAUCGGCAUCAUCUUGUUCAUGUUCAUCUUCCCAGCCUUCCUCCUCCAACCCUAGCCCUAGCAUCGGAGAAAAUACUCACGACGUGUUCAUCAGCUUCAGAGGAGAAGACACCCGCCACGGUUUCGUCAGCCAUCUCCAUUCCGCUUUGAGAAGGAACGAUGUCAGAACCUACAUGGACUGCGAUUUGGAGAGAGGGAACGAAAUAUCUUCCACGCUGUUAAGAGCAAUAGAGCAAUCCAAGAUCUCACUCGUCGUCUUCUCCAAGAACUAUGCCUCCUCAAGGUGGACUUUGGAUGAACUGGUGAAGAUAAUGAAGUGCAGGAAAACAUGGGGACAACUCGUGCUCCCCAUUUUCUACAGAAUCACUCCUUCAGAGGUAAGAAAGACAAGGAGUUUCUCAAAUGUUUUUAAUAAACACAAGAACCUGUUUAAGUCAAACAUGAACGAGACAGCGCAACAGUGGACGAACGCCAUGAAAGAAGCAGCCGAUCUGGCUGGUUGGGAAAGCUCCACUUAUAGAACGGAAUCUGAGCUUGUGGAGGUUAUAGCUAUUGAGGUGAUGAGAAAACUAGAAUCUAUGAGGCAGGGAAGUGAAGGAGCGGCCCAAAUUUCAACCGAACCAGAAGCCGCCGGUCCUUCGUCGCAGAAUUGCUCACCCGACGAGCCUAAUUCCGGCGGCCUACAUGAUGAUGAGCAUACGCCUCUAGAUUCUUCUCCCACCAAAUGCCUAUCACAUGGGACUAUUAAUUUUCUGGGCUUUCUGGGGGUCAAGACAUUGGAAGUUUUGUGGCGGAAGGACCACGAGAGGUUGAUCCUGAGAGCCAGGAGACCUGAUCAAACACCAAGCUUGGAUACUUCCAGGUCCUAUGUGUACAGGAACCGGUAUGUACCCAAACAACAGCAUACAUGGUGGGGAAUCCAGCAACAAUAGGCACAAGCGCAUACAACAGUAGCCUUGGUUUAAUUUCCUCAUCUUCUUCAAUUGCUGAAAGCAACCUUCUAUACCAUUGACAUGGCUCAGCUCAAGCCAUUUCAAUGAUCUCAAAUGCUGCGUUGCAUAUUCCAAGCAUUCAGCAACCACCUCCAAUGCUCUCCUCUUUCUCUAUAGUCUAUAGCAAUCAUGUCACUUGUGGCAAUUUUGCUAGACUCAGCGCAGAUAGUGCUUGAUAUAAUGUUUGGAAGAAUCAAGUUUUUCUGGAAUUAAUGUAUUGUUUGAUUAAUUCCGACGUUAGAGUUGGCGAUGAAUAUAAUUUGAUACUACCUUGAAACUGUUUAUAGUAA